UGGACAAAGUACAGUGUAAUAACCUGGUAAUAAUAACGGGCAUAACGGUUUGAUGACGGAAAAUUUUGUAACAAUGACUUAAUUUAACGUUAGCCCCACUGAAGGCAGCAGACAUGCCUGCGAGUGUGGAGUUCUUGGCGGCAGUGAUUCUUAUAUCUUUAUCUCAAAGUGGAAACUUGGUUUCUGGAAGAUCAUUCUCUAUAGACUUCAAAAACAACUGUUUCCUGAAAGAUGGAAAGCCGUUUCAGUACAUCUCGGGCAGUAUUCACUACUCCAGAAUCCCACAGUACUACUGGAAGGAUCGACUCGUGAAGAUGUACAUGACUGGACUCAACGCAGUUCAAAUGUUCUCUCACAGAUAUGUGCCAUGGAAUUUCCAUGAAGAAACACAAGGGGUGUACAAUUUUACAGGAGACCGAGAUUUGGAGUAUUUCCUGAGCUUGGCCAAUCAGACAGGUCUUCUGGUCAUCCUGCGUCCAGGACCUUACAUAUGUGCAGAAUGGGAAAUGGGUGGACUGCCGGCGUGGCUCCUUGAGAAACCAAAUAUCCAGCUUCGAACUAAUGACACGGAUUACAUGGAAGCGGUCAGCAACUGGAUGGCUGUUCUCCUUCCUAAAAUGAAAGGUUGGCUCUAUACCAAUGGAGGAAACAUCAUUAGUGUCCAGGUGGAGAAUGAGUAUGGAAGCUAUUACGCUUGUGAUUACAACUACAUGCGCCACCUGCAGACUGUGUUUCAUUUCUUUCUGGGUGAAGACACAGUCUUGUUCACCACUGAUGGAAACAGAGAUAAGGAAAUGAAAUGUGGGGCUCUGGAAGGUUUAUAUGCCACAAUAGAUUUUGGCACAGACACAAACAUAAGUGAAGCGUUCGACCGGCAAAGAAGGUUUGAACCUCAAGGCCCCCUGGUAAACUCAGAGUUCUAUACUGGCUGGUUAGAUCACUGGGGAGAUGAACAUGCCAUGGUUGCUACUCAGAACAUCACCACAAUGCUUGAAAAAAUGCUAACUAUGGGGGCCAACGUCAACAUGUACAUGUUUGAAGGAGGUACUAGUUUUGGCUACUGGAAUGGUGCUGAUUAUGACACAAGGUACCGCUCAGUAGUGACUAGUUAUGAUUAUGACGCCCCACUGUCGGAGGCAGGAGACCCUACAGAGAAACUGUGGGCCAUCAGAGAUGUCAUCAAACAGUUCAGAAAUAUUCCAUCUGGACCCAUGCCACCAGCAACUCCCAAGUUUGCCUAUGGCUUUGUGACCCUCACAAAGGUUGGUGACGUGAGCAGUCUGUUGAACAUCCUGUCACCCUUACGGCCUGUCCAAUCUCAGCAUCCUCUGACAUUUGAAGAGAUGAAACAGUAUUAUGGCUACAUGAUGUAUCGGACAACACUACCCAGGGACCUCUCAGGGCCCACGGCACUUAUCUCUCCUCUGAAUGGGGUUCAUGACCGUGCAUAUGUGUCUAUCAAUGGGGUGUUUCAGGGGCUGUUGGAGAGAGACAUUACGCUUGUGACGAACAUUACUGGACAGAAGGGAGACACAAUGGAUAUCUUUGUGGAGAACAUGGGCAGGGUCAACUUUGGCCCAAAAAUAAAUGAUUACAAGGGCCUCCUGAGUGACCUGAUCCUUGGCAACGAUGUACUGACUGAUUGGAAUAUCUACCCUUUGUAUAUUGAUGAAACCAUUGCUGGCGGAUGGCCUCAUUCUAAGAGCCAGCAGUCCCCGUCUGUCUCCAAGAACGAUCUGUCAGCAGGGCCAGCGUUCUUCAUGGGGACAUUACAGCCCAAUGGCCUGGCAUGGGACACCUUCCUCAAGCUCAAUGGGUGGACAAAGGGUCAAGUGUGGAUCAACGGUGUGAACCUGGGACGAUACUGGCCAGCCAGGGGCCCUCAGCAGACCCUGUAUGUCCCUGGACCCCUGCUUCGCACCAGCCAGCCAAACGAAAUCACUGUGUUGGAGCUGGAAAAGGCCCCGGAACAUUUACGCAUUCUCUUCAUGGACCGACCUCAGCUCAGCGACACGUGAGGAAGAAUCAAAGACAAGUAGCGUCAGCUCUCUUAUCACUUUUGGUUUCAGUGUUUCUUGCGUAACCGGAUCUUUAUCAGUAUCCAGUUAUUUUGGUACAGAACAUCAGCUACUUUAGCAAUAUAAUGUGAAAAUGUGAAAAAACGUCACUCAUGCAGGAACAGCAUUGUUAUGUUUAUUGUACUCACUUUAAAACCUUUUAUGCUUAUUCCCAGUAAUACAAAUAAAAAACUGAUUACAUU